AUUCUAGCGCUGCUUACCAUAUGGUCACACUGGGGCUUGCGUUAUUUAUAUUCCUGGCUUAAUCCCAUUUUAUUUAAGUAAAUCGAAGCGCACAAUACAGUUUUAAGUGAAAGAUGAAUGUCAUGCUCCGUUGCACGUUCCUGCUGCUCACCCUGGCCGUUUGCGGCAGCUGGGCCAUUCGAUGCUACCAGUGCUCCUCCGACCAGGAUCGCAAGGGGCACGACAGCUGUGGCGCCUACAAGAGGUUCAACCGCACCGAGCACAUUUCUAUUGAGUGCAACAGCGACGAGAGCCACAUGCCAGGAUCCUUCUGCAUGAAGGUGGUGCAGCAAGGACCCCGCGGAUUCAUCUGGGACGGUCGCUGGCGUCAGGUGAUUCGGCGAUGUGCAUCCGUUUCCGAUACCGGAGUGGUUGGCGUCUGCAACUGGGGAGUCUACGACAACGGAGUGUACUGGGAGGAGUGCUAUUGCUCCAGCGACAGCUGCAAUGGCUCCAGCUUAGCUCAAAUGCAUGGAUCCCUGCAGCUUCUGUUGGGCCUUCUGCUAAUUGGCGUUGCCUCCAGAACUUUUAGAAGUUAAUAGGAAAACCGGGCUUACCCUAACCACAAACAAAACACAAAAAAGUGCCUUUCGCCACUCUACAUGAAAUUUAAGCUAGGA